GUCGAACAAUCCAACCACGAACUUCAGCCAGGCUCACUUUCGUCCUCCAAGUCCUGUACCGAAACAGACACCCAACGUAGAAAUGAGUAAUAGACGAUAAAACGCCAGCAUGGCCUCAUCGACGCCCAAACCUCUCUUCCCAGACGGCAUCGAUGACUUGGUCGCCUCGGUGCAGUCUCAGUACAGCAUUCCCAGCCAGUGCAUCGGCAUUGUUGAUGGCACUCGAACCGCCACUAGAGCUUAUGGACUUGCGCAACUCCCAAACACCCCGGCGACAGAGGACACGCUGUACUAUAUCGCCUCUUGCACGAAGUCGUUCACCGCAACGACGCUGCAAUGCCUGCUCGGCAAUUUAAAAGGGACAGUAUCGCUCCAAACCACACUGGCCUCCGUCCUACCAGCGGAUGACUUCGCGCUCGCAGAAAGCACCUACGCCACGGAGCGAGCUACUCUCGAAGACGCGCUCGCGCACCGCCUGGGCACCGCUCGGCACGACCUCAGCUACGGCGGGCGCGCAGACUACACCGUCGCGGACGCCGUGCGCUCGCUGCGCCAUCUCACUCCCGCAGUCGCUUUUCGCGAAAAACACCAUUACCUUAACCUAGGGUACAUGACUGUGCAGCACGCUAUUGAAACCCUGGCAGGCGGCGAGGGCAUUGAGGCACUACAUGAGCGAUACAUCUGGGCGCCGCUGGGGAUGCGGACGACGUUUAUUUCGCUGGCGACUGCGCGCGAGGCAGCUGCCUCCCGGAUGGCGGAGGGGUACACGCGCGACGCUGCGGAGCCGGAGACCGUUAUCGUCGCGCCGUACGUGGAUGACUACCCGCUUGUUGGAGGCGGGGGGAUCAUCUCCUCCAUCGCGGAUAUGACGCGCUACAUGGCGGCGGUCGUGCACAACGGUUUCCCCACGCUCAGCUCCGAGGCGUACGAGGAUCUGUUCGUGCCGCGCGUGGUGGCUGGCGACUCGCCGCAUAAAGCGUGGUCGACGCAGUUGUACGCGCUCGGGUGGAAGGUGGCGACGUUCCAUGGACAUCGCAUCGUUCACCACGAUGGCGGCAUUUGCGGAUUUGCGGCUAAGAUGCUGUUUCUCCCGGCGCAGCGGUGGGGUGUUGUGGUGCUUGCUAAUUCUGACGCAGGCGGUUCGGCGGGUAAUGAGACUGUGUUGUUACGCUUGCUGCGCGAACGACUAGGUCUCGGAGAGGGAGAGGAGGGCGCUGAAAUCUUCGCGGGCUGGGAGAAGGAGUUCGCGGAGAUACUCCAGCGAGCAAAAACGGCGCGAGAGAGAUUAUACCCCCCGGCCUCACGACCAACAACCCCCCUCUCCCUUCCCCUGGACGCAUACGAAGGAGCAUACUCCAACGCAGGCUACGGCCUUAUGCACGUACGCCGAACACGCGCCACGGACAACGUGCCCUGCCGCUCGAAGAUCGCGUCUAUCCUGCACGCCGAGUGGCCUGGCCGACUCAUGGAUUUCGUUUUCGACUUUGAGCACGUGGGUGGAGAGGAGUUUGUGGUGUGGGUGGACACGGCGACGUCGAGUGCUAUGGUUCGCAGUGGGCAGCGGGGGCGGUUUGUGGUGCGGGAUGGGAGGGUAAAGAUGCUGGGGGUGAAUCUGAGCCCGUUUGAGGAGAGGACUGAUGAUGAGAACUUGAUGGUUUGGUUUAGUAGGGUUGUGGAGUGAGGGGGGUUGGAUCACAGACGCGAGCCUAUCUUAAACUCUAAA